GAACAUUCUAUGUUCUUGAAUACGAUUGAUUCUUUAGAGCAGUCAAAUGUGCUUAAGGUGGAUUCUUCACAAAGCAGAUUGCAACUCUAUCCAGUAGCAAAAUGCUUUAUAGUGGAGCAUUUGUUUAAAAUGAGUGGUUAUUAUCGACAGAAAUUUGAAAUAUUCAAAUAUCGCUACUUGGGAUAUUAUUCUCAGUGGAUUCAGCAACAUGUGAAUGAUGUAAUGUUUCUUCAAUUGGGUAGUUGUAAACAGCAAGCUUUAAGGGUGUAUCAUUUGGAAAAAGCAAAUAUAGAGCAAGCAUUUCAACUUGCAAAGGAAUUGGGUUGGAGAACAUAUCGCUGGUUUGUUGUUGCCACUGGAUGUUUACUUAGAUAUGUUUGGGAUAUUUCCACUAGGAAGGAACAAUAUUGCAGUUUAUUAGAAAAAGAAGAUGCACAAAGCCAUGUCAAGCCAUUAUCGGAUAGUCCCGUUGGAAUAGAACAACUCUAUUUGGAAGACGAGAAUUUGGACACUUUUUUGGAUAAUGGCAAUUUGAAUAUGUCGUUGGGUUGUCCUUCCUAUAUGGAAGAGAGUGUUAUUCUUCGUAUGAUUGGAGAAGUCUAUUUUGAAAACAAAGACUUGAAGAAUGCACAUUCAUAUCUGAGUCAUUGCUUGCAGCACAUCAAUCAACAGGUUUCUUCUUCUCUAAAGCAAUGUACGAAUAAUGAAGUGAUUUGUUUCUAUUUGUUAGCUUGCAUAGAGAAAGAAAGGGGACAGUGGGAUACUGCAUUAUCAUUUGCAGAGAAAGCAAAGGAUGGAUGUAUUCGCAUGAAAAUGGAACUCACAGUAGUUUGGAUUCAAAUCCAUCUCGUUAUGACUAGUAUUUAUAUAAAACUAGGUCGUUUGGAAGAAGCUCAUGGAACAAUAAUGAACGUAUGUGAAUGGGCGCAAUCAACAUGCUUUACGUAUGACGUUUCGUUGCUUUUGGAAUUGGAUGCUGUAUUAGGAACUAUAAUGCAAUUGAAAGGAAAUAGAACAUGUGCAUUGCAUUGCUUUGAAAGCAUAAGAAAGCACCCGAAAGUUUUUUCUGAAUGUGAUUCGACCAAAGUCUGUUGUUGUGAUUAUCUUUUGGAUUAUAGUGUUUGGUCAUGUUUAGAGAGUGUUCCAUUGAAUUUGGAGUGUACUUCCCAUCCAUGGAUAGCCAAACAAGAUGCUGUGGAUUCUUGUUGUUAUUUUUUUGAUAAUGAAGCUAGUUUGGCAGCUAUACAAGAAGAAUAUGAAUGGGAGAAAAGUUUCAAGUAGAGCAUAUGCAAUUAUUGAUUGAGCUUAUAUAUAUAUAUAUUUUGUUGGUGAUGGUUGGAUAAUUUUGAUUUGCAUGAUUUCGAAUUUGUUUUUCCUCGCUGCAGAGCAAUAAUAACAGAGUGUAAUAGGAUUUCAUCACGUUAUUUUCAGUUUGUCUCUUGCGAGUGAAAUGAAGGUGUUUUCUCUUCCGUGCAGUUUUACAGAAUGAUAAAUGAAAAAUUUGUUGA